AUGGGAAAAGAGCGGAAACGAAACUUCACGGCUGGGUUGUGGGUGAAAGAGAGAGCAAAGCCACACAGAUACGGGCAAAUAGUUCGACAUGAUCGGGCCGAUGGUGUGAAAUACGUUUGGCUAGUUCGAUUUGAAAAUGAUGAUGGAACUACUUCUGAGGUCAUCAAGAAAUCGGCACAACUUUCGCACACAGACCAACAAGGGCCAACUCAGCCACCACAGGGGCUCCAGACAACACCAACAGCAUUGGCACCGGGCCCAGUUCCAGAUGUUGCAGCGGCACAAGAGCCAGAGCCAGUGUCGGCACCCACGGCAACACCCACUGAUGAUGUGUGCUCCCCAAACCGCCCCAAGCGACAGGCAGCACUCAACCACAGGAUCUGUCCAACUCCAGGGCCACGUCGAUCUGCCCCCACGAGAGCACCUUCCAAUGACCAAUCCACUGCCUCGACAUCCAGUCCCAGUUACGAUUGGACGCAGCACUUGUCGAGCAACAAAUCUGAAUCUUCAGAGCAAGCUUCUGAGUCCUUGGUGGAUCAGAAUGACCAAGCAGCCACCAGUGACGACGAGGAGUCAAAUGCAGGGUUUCCAACAGCUGAUGGAAUGCAAUCAGUGGCGUCGGAUGCGAAGUCUGAUUCAUCGGUGGAGUCUGGUUCGGUGGAGUCUGGUUCAUCGGUGGAGUCUGGUUCAUUGCGGUCGUCGUCUUCGUCCGGAUCAUCAAACCCUCCACCAGUUGUCACAGUCCCAGACAACGAUACGGAUACCUCCACAUCUGGCACUGGUGUUCCAAACGAGCUCGAAGAAGAUAUCGAUGAAUUUGAUGAGCGGGACUUCGAGCGUGAAGAAGAGCACAAAGAGAGAAUGAUCCUUUACAAACGAGAGAAGAAGGAGCUGCUUCGGUCUGGUUGGUCUGUAGAUUUCACUCCAGACAAGCCUCCCAUGGAUGUUGGGGCAACGGUCAAGACCAGAGGAAAAACUCCUCGCCAUGGCAAGAUCGUCGGGAAAAAAGAGGAUGCUUCCAAGUGGAUUGUCAAGUUUCAAGGAAGCCGAGAGCCGGAGGAAAAGACCACACAUGCUCUCACUCAAGUGUGGAAUCCUGAACCGUACACCUGGAAAAUUGUCAAGAACUCUGAUCCCGACAUGAUUAUCGAAGACUAUCAAGAAGUUGGCCUGCUUGGAUUUGACUUCAGCCAGUUUGACAAUGAAAAAGUCGAAAAGGGCAACCUUCACUACGCUUACCCAUACAUGAAGCUAUUGCAGUUUAUGUGGCCUGGAGAUGCUGAUCAGCAAAGGAGACAAGUCAACCAACGCAUCGAUGUUGUGAAUGAGGAAAGGAAAAAGGCCAACCCAAAAGGUUGCAACUUCAUGCGCAAAGUUUCCAAGCAUGAGUGGUGGAAGUUCAUUGGCAUCAUCGCCUCUGCCGCAGCUUACAGAAAGGAAUUCUCCGAUCGCUUUGGUGGAACGGCAGCAUGCACGAUGCGACUCGCGAAAGCUACGGCAUACGGCGGCACCAAGCACCGAUCGCGCAAGCAAGCAGCUGAAGCAAUGGAAACAGCAUAUUUCAAGGGGGACUCGUGGUUUACAAGUGUCCCUGUUGUCGAGUGGAUGCAUGAGAACAACUAUGAAUACUGUGGAAUGAUGAAAACGAACCACAAAUACUAUCCUAACACCCAGAUUGAAGAGAAGAUGAAGACCUGGCCAAGUGGUUCUUCCUUGGUUAUGGAAUGUGAGUCGCCUGCAACAGGACAAACAAUGAUUGCCAUCGGUUACAAGUACAACAGGAAGAAAGUGCUCUGUUUACUGGCAACCAAGAAUGCGGGCUCUACAAAGCCUGGUGAGCCGUACACUGCCAGGUUUCCUGACUCCGUUGGCAACCUCUGUGAGAGGAAAGUUGAGAGACCCGCUGUUAUCUCCGAGUAUUUCAAUGACAGCAAUGUCAUUGAUGCACACAAUCAAGUCCGGCAAGGCGUUCUCAAGCUAGAAAAGCGAUGGAUUACAAGGGAUGGUUGGUUUCGGAUUGCAACAACCAUGAUUGGCAUGGUCAUAACUGACUGCUGGAAGUGUUUCAAACUUGGUGUUGCUGACAAGGCACAAAAAGAGAUCACUAUUGUCCAGUACGUCGACAGAUUGGCUGCUGAUCUCUGCCGGAACACUUAUUCGGAUGAUAUUAAUGCUGGUGACAGCAUGCACAUAUCAAUCGACAAUGAGCUACCUGCUCUUAUCGACUUGGAUGGGAGAGGAGCUGAGGUCAUCUCCCCUGUUUCCGCAGCCUCUGUUGGAUCAGCAGUCGAGUCGGUUGUUACCCAGCACGUGUUUGCGGACAACUCUGAUCGAGAAGACGAUGGAAGAGGCAGACCCAAGCGUCGCACCUGUCGUUUCAGUGGCUGCUCCAAAGCCACUCAAAAGAAGUGCCAACACCCUCGCUGCAAAGGAGAUAGCUACAAUGCGAAUGGACGAAGCUCUCGAGGCGUGUUCUAUUGCCCAGAUCAUUGGUGUGAACACCUCAAAGAAAUGGCAGCAUGCCAGCCUACGUCUUAG